UCUGGUUUUAAACGCCCAGCGCUGACGUUGCGCCAGGUUUCCAAAGAACGAAGCGCAGCCGCUGACCGGGCAGGCAAGUCUGUCUCUGCCAUCCGCUGGAAGUCGGGAAAUCAGUUUGGCAAUCCCACCAAGUCACACGGGCACGACCAUGACGGAGCGCUUCAACUGCUUUUACUGCCGUGACGACCUGCACGGGAAGAAGUACGUCAACAAGGACGAGAAGCGCGUCUGCGUGCGCUGCUUUGACAAGCACUGUGCCAACACCUGCACUGAAUGCCGCCGCCCCAUUGGGACCGAGUCCAAGGAGUUGCACCAUAAGGGCCGUUACUGGCACUCGGACUGUUUCCGCUGUGCCAAGUGCUACAAGUCGCUGGCCGGUGAACCCUUCAGCGCCAAGGAUGACAAGAUUCUGUGUGGGAAGUGCAGCGCCCGCGAGGACUCGCCCCGCUGCCACGGCUGCUACAAGCCCAUCCCGCCGGGCUCCCAAAACGUGGAGUACAAGAACAACGUGUGGCAUGAAGACUGCUUCACCUGCUACCAAUGCAAGCAGCCCAUCCACUCCCAAAGCUUCCUGACCAAGGGGGAGAACAUCUACUGCUCCCCCUGCCACGAGAAGAAAUUCGCCAAGCAUUGCGUCCACUGCAAGCAGGCCAUCACCUCCGGAGGCGUGACCUACCAGGACCAGCCCUGGCACUCCAAGUGCUUCGUGUGCCACAGCUGCCGCAAGCCGUUGGCCGGCAGCAGCUUCACCUCGCAGGACGAGCGCGUCUACUGUGUGGAGUGUUACAAGAGCUGCGUGGCCAAGAAGUGCGGCGGCUGCCAGAACCCCAUCACAGGGUUCGGCAAGGGGACCAACGUGGUGAACUACGAGGGCAGCUCCUGGCACGAUUACUGCUUCAACUGCAAGAAGUGCUCUCUGUCACUGGCCAACAAGCGCUUCGUGGCCAAGGGUGACGCCCUCUAUUGCCCCGACUGCGCCCAGAAGAUGUGAGCGGCUCCCCCUGGUGGCGGCGGGGCCACCUGCGCCUGGGUCACCGGGAACACGCUCGUCAGAAAAAUGAUACUAAACGAGCGGUUAGUUUAGAUUUCGGAGACAAUCACUCAGCCCUGGCUUCUCUGUACAUCUGCUAGUAAUUCUAAGCUUUUGGUGAACAGCUCUUUUCUGUAAUACGCAGUUUGGUCAAUUUGACACAGUAAUGAUUAUUAUCUUUCAUUUAGUGACAUUAUGCAGUAGCUGCUGGCUUUUUGACGCUUAGGCUUAAUACCGGUGAAAGGAGGGACGCGGCUCAGUGAUUUCAGUCAUGAUUCCUUACAUCACGAUCACUAAGUGCUGACAUGUACUCAGCGGCAUGUGCAUGACUGCAGUAACUCGCUUGCAGAAUCACCUCAGAUAAACACUGACUUGGCAAAGGCCCUCUCCUAUAGUGGGUAUAGGUUAGCUGCAUUUACAGCAACGUCUGCAAUAACAUUACAUCUGUUCACCACAUGAACACGCAGCUGCAAAAAUAAAGGUGACCACUUGGGGAAAAAAAA